UUUGAUGCGCAUGCGUAAUAUGAUUUUGGCCGGGCGGAUUCAAAAUAAUUGUCAAAAAAAGGUAUAUUUUGUAUCCAAAAUAAAUUGUACCUAAUUUACAAGCUGACAACAAAGUUAUAUUAAAAUGACAUAUCUUUGACGGAUAAUGCCACGAUACAAUCAGCGGGAGUCCCCUCGCGGCUCCAGUAGACGCAAAAGUCAAACACCAGUACAUAGGUCUGUAGUGGAAAAAUCCCCCAAAAAGAGACGAUUUAGACCAGGCCAGAAAGCCCUGAAAGAAAUACGGCAUUUUCAAAAGACAACAAAUUUGCUUAUUAGGAAGCUACCCUUCUCAAGAUUGGUGAGGGAAAUUGCAAUGGAAGUUGUUGGUCCUUCCCAAACCAUGAUGUGGAAAGCUACAGCGAUAAUGGCUCUACAAGAGGCAGCAGAGGCUUACCUAAUUUUACUGUUUGAAGACGCUCUAUUGUGCGCAAUUCACGCCAAACGGGUAACUGUCACCCCUAAGGACAUUUGGUUAGCUCAGCGGUUACGUGGAGGAAGUUGAUCUAAUCAGACACUACCAAAUGAACUUAUAUUCUAUGUAUUUUUAUGAAAUAUUUUUAGUUACAUGUAUUAGAUUUUUAUAUUGAAAAUAGUUUUAAAUUUUUAUGAAGAUACAAAUGAAAGAGAAUAGAGUUAUUGUUUUGAAAAUUCUGAGAGAAUGACUUAUCCUCCAUUUACUCUACAAUUACCGGUAAGCUUAGAUUUACAAAGAAUCUCUUGUCAGAUAGAUUUUUUUUUCACAAUGUAUUUGAUAUUGUCAGCAUGAAAUCGCCAAUCUAUUUUUCACAAGGUUAUCGAUAUCAUUAAAUGAUCUACAACCAAUUUUUUUUUCAAAUUUAAAUCUGAAUUUUAAAAAUAUGCAUUUUGUAGCAAGGGUGUGAGAAAAAUGGGCUCAGUUUGGACAUUUUUUACUGUACAUAGCAAGUUUGAAUUUACUUUCACAAAAAUAUUAAUUAGAAAAACUUGUUUUCUAUAAAUCUUAUUUUAUUGGCUUUCUAUUUUGAUAAAUGUUGAGGGCCAGUUUAUCAUAUUAUCAAACCAAGUCAUUAUGUAUCAGUUUUUUGUGUAUUGUAAAAUGGCAUUGCAUUCAAAUUUGCAGGAAUCUACAUCUCCACACAACUGUUUGUUAACUCUAAGAGAGAAUGAUAUGGUUGUCAUUUUUUUUAAAUAUUUGAUAUGGUAAUUAAAUAUUUUAAAACAGUU